AAUUGUCCUUAACGUCUGUCUUGGUGAUUAAAUCUCCCUUCUCUCUAUUUUUUUAAUAUAGUCCCUGAGACCUACUGAUAAGCAAUUCAAGAUUAAGAAGCAUCUUGGACCACUGGUAACAUCUGCUGAAAGCACAGUAGGAUCUUCUGCUGCUGAAAGCUCUAAGGAGUCUGAGGACAUAAUAUGGAGCUCUAGUGGCAGUGAUUUUUCAGAUGAUGAAAAUAAAACAUCGAUUUCAAGGUUAUUGAGUGAAAAAAGUUAUGCAUCCAAAACAGAGAAAUCAUGUAGCAGACAUAAUUUAUUGUCAGAGGACAGAAGUGGUGAAGAUGAACCACAGUUCAUUGAGUGGGAGAAGGACAGUGAUUCUACUGAUAAGUGUGAUGGAUCAGAAAAAGAUGAUGGUUCACUGGACAUAUCAGACUCUGACUCCUGCACCAAUCUAAAUUCUCUGCCUGCCAAAGAGGAGGAUGAUGACCUUUGUAAGACAACUUCAACAGAAAUUUUUGAAUAUUCAUCUGAUAAUGACAGUGUGGAAGAAGGAGAAAUGGGUGCGGAGACUACUAAUCCAGGAUUCACUAAGAGAUUACAGUUGAGUGCAGCAUUGGAGAUGGGGGAAGUUACAGCAAGACCUGCCAGUGACUGGCUAAAGUCUGCACAGGCUCUUCUACAAACACCUAAGAAACAGUCAGACAGGGCCGCAAGAACCCCAGAAGAUUCUGCUAAAAAGAGGAAGUUACUAAGAGGAGGGCUAGCUGAGAGGUUGUGUCGACUGCAGAACAGAGAAAGGUCUGCCAUUAGCUUCUGGAGACAUCAGUGUGUUUCAGAGGCUGAACUCCCACCAGAUAAAUCUGGUGUCCUGAUUGUGAAGAUCUUAGAAGUGUUUGAGGAGUGUACAAUGCAAGUUGCCAUCUGCCAGCAGCUGGAACAGUCUCCUGCUGCAAUUGCCUCCAAAGAUGUUGUCACCAGUACAGUAGAACCAAUACUCAAAGUCCUCUUUGCAAGAGAGACAGCAGCUCACCUGAAGAGUGGGCCACAGGAUAUCAUCCACAUCUAUCCUCCAUGGCAAAAACUACUUCUCCGAAGUGCAAAUGUUCCUGUUAUCAUGAAUACGUACUUCAGUCAGAAGGUGCUACGUGGUGAACACUUAGAGACAAGAGAGAAGACACAUGGUCCAGCAAAGAUGCUUAUUAGAAAGAAUAUUUUAUCUUUGGCACAGACAUUUAGAUUAAAUGACCUUGAAGAUGACCUACCCCAGGAAUCUUCAGAUAGUCAGGUUGCAUGUACUCCAGAGACUACACAAAUCGGUAACAACCGUGGUUCCAAACAGCAACCCUUAGCCCUUAGUACUGUUAAUGAUUCUCUGCUUGAAAUGGUGGAAAGCCAAGGAGCAGUGGGAUGGAGAGAAGUGCAGGUACGAGUGGUUAUCCAAAGGGUGUACUGUUUGCCUGCAAGAGAAGGUUUCAGAUGCCAGGUUCAAGAAAACAAGCCUCCUCGUGCAGCAUCCAUCAUAAAUUCAGACCAACCAAACGUUAGAAUUAUACUAGAGUUGCCUCAGACAGGCAUUUUCCCCCAGUCUCUUAACUGCCAGAAAGAGAGAGAAGAGCAAGGUGUGAGAAAAGAAGUGGAAAAGAGGUUAUGCCUCCUUGUCCAAGAUGCCUAUGGCAUGUUCAGUGAGGUACAGUUGCAGUCCCUGAAUUCUGCAGAAGGCAUCGAACAGUAUUGCAGGAGAUGGGAAGGAAAAUUCUGCUGCUUAGCUGGAAUGAAAAUUUUGCAGAGAACCACAAGAGGAAGGACAUUAGGACUUUUUAGUCUGAUAGACAGUUUGUGGCCUCCAGCAGUGCCUGUAAAAGUUCCUGGACAAAGUCAAGACUGUGAAAUGAUGACAACUAAUCUUCCUCCUCCCAGCUUCUGUUAUGUUCUUACUGUUCAGUCUGGUGAAAUACAUGUGAAAGUAGAUGAGGAAGAACAGAUCUCUAAUUUGUACCAGCCACCAGCUGUUCGUGGUCUAAAGGAAAUUCUUCAGAUCGAUGGUUGUAAUGUAUGCUGUAGCUUUUGGGCACGAGUGCUGUAUCUAAGGCUGCAGACAAAAUGCAGUGUUCCUAUAAAUCAAAGGGAGAUUUGGCUGUUUGUGACUGACUUCACGUUGCAAAGUGAGGUUCAUAUAGUUCCAAAAGUUGCUGCUGUGUCAGUUGCUGCAUCGUGUGUUCUCAGCACGGAGGUAACAGAAGCCCUCGCUGUCGCCUCGCGCCUCGUCUUCUUCAGGGAUGCGCUGUGGGGAAACGGUAGGAUUAUUUGUGUUGAACGUACUGUUCUCUUAUUACAAAAGCCUCUUUUGUACUCGGCUGCCGGUGCUGACCUCAGUGAGCUGACUGGCCCUGUCAAACUCGAUGAGCUGGAUUCUACAACACAGGCCAAUUCCAUCUGUACUGUAAGAGGCACUGUUGUUGGGGUUAAUGAGAGCACUGCUUUCUCCUGGCCUACAUGUGACAGAUGUGGCAAUGGAAAAUUGGAACUUUAUCCCCAGGACAGUGGACUGCUGUAUUGCAACCAGUGCUCUGAAGCUGUAAUUUCACCAGUUGUGAAAAUGCAACUGGAAGUCUUCUUGAGUUGUCCGUCUCGAUCUCAAAGUACAGUAAAAGUAAAGCUGUUACAACAGACAAUCUCUUCUCUACUGAUGUCCUCCCCUACUGAGGAUGGGAGUUAUGAGGUGAAGAGCGUGCUGGGAAAGGAGGUGGGGUUUCUGAACUGCUAUGUCCGCUCUGUAACCAGCCACCCUAACUGUGUUGGAUUGGAGGAAAUUGCUCUUCUGGAAGCAGUAAGAAACUGAACUGAACACUGUCAGCUAUUGUAAUAUCUAUGGACUUUGUAUUGUGGUUAUUUGUUAACUAUUGCCAUAGAUAAUGAUGUACAAUGGGAGCGUGAUAAGUAUUAAGAUAGUUUAUUAAAACUGUGAUUUAUAAAACACAUUAUUGCCAACACUGAAAAGUCUAUAAAAACAAUCAUCUGUUCAGUUUUCUGAACUCUUCUUUUUCUGAUCAAUUCAGAAGUUAGCAAUACAGUUCUUUCUUUUUGGUAUGUUUAUUGUUUAUGAAUGUAAAACAUCUUGUUCUGGAAUUUUGAAUGGUUGUGAAAAUUUCAGGGUUUUUUUUCUGUAAUGCUGUAUUUUACUGUAUGUCAAUGGGAAAUGCUUUAUUGAUAUUUUUGAAAUAAAUAUUUUGCUAUAGACCAUGAACAUCGAUCUGUUAAGCUGACGAUUUUAUCAAGUUUCCAGAAAUAUUGCCUGCUGCAAAACGUUGUUAUGUGCUAAGUCUAAAUUGUAGUAUUUGUUAUCAUCUUGCAAUAAAUAUUAUAAGCACAGAUUUGAAA